AUGACAAUAAAUUUGUCGGCUUUAAGCCUUCGUCAUUACCCUACUGCAUUAUUUGUACGUUUGCAUUUGAAGUGGAGCUUAGCUGUGGUUCGGCCAUUUAGUCCUCUAAAAGGCAAUACACACCAAACAACCGGAAGGGUGUGUACGGCAGGAGAAUUCUAUUUGAGUGGACAACGGGAAAUUUCACAGCAUCAAUCUACUUAUAAUUACGACAAUCAUAAAAUGCAUGAAUAG